GUGUCCAAACAUUACGGUAGGAGAGUCCUCGUGUAAAGCGGCAGGUGAUUGACAGGUGAGAAAGGUGAUGCAUCAAGAGGCAGCACCAGAGCAAAGGGAAGGUAGAGAGAGGAUCGUUUCAUUAACCGACAGGCAGAGGCACGGAUGUGAGCGGUCCAAGGCAAUAUUAAGGACAUUUAUGGAGUUGUGUGGUCCCAACAUGAGUGAGAGUGGAGUCUCGUUGUGCCAGGUGAAACAACUUCCCUGCCAGAGAAUCCCUCUUUAUCGCCUGCAGGCCAGUGGGAACCACAAGCAUCACCUCCCCUGCCUCAGCUCCCAGCCAUGGGUCAACCACCCAGCCCCAGCUGUUACCACCAGCCCGGCUGUGGCCAUGCGAAACAGGGUAAAUGGAGCCACAGCGACAAGCUGUUGCAGCCCAGAGUGUGUGGCCUCAAGACUGGGAGAGGAAACAGCGCUGGCCAGGAGCACCUCCACAGGGAAAGUGGUGGUGACAGGAGGAGGGGGAUACUUUGGCUUCAGGCUGGUGAAAGAACUGGCCAGUCAGGGGAUGUCAGUGAUCCUUCUGGACAUGAAUAAGCCUCCUGGUGACAUCCCAGAUGGAGCGAUCUUCUAUCAGAGUGACAUCCGGGACUAUCCUUCCCUCUAUAAAGUGUGUGAAGGUGUUGACUGUGUAUUUCACACAGCGUCUUACGGCAUGUCCGGGCCAGAACAGCUAAGGAAAGAGCAGGUGGAGUCAGUCAACGUCGGAGGGACCAAUAAUGUCAUCAAUGUGUGUAAGGAGAGGAGCAUCCCCCGACUGGUGUACACCAGCACCAUCAAUGUGGUGUUUACUGGGAAGCCGAUAGAGGAUGGUGAUGAGGCUUCGGUGGCAUAUGUGCCCCCUGACAUGCACAUUGACCCUUACUCCAGAACUAAAGCGAUGGCAGAGCAGAUGGUCCUCUCAGCCAACGGAUGCUCCCUGAAAGGUGGAGGCCUGCUGCGGACCUGCGUCCUGCGACCCUGUGGCAUCUAUGGACCAGAGGAGAGGAGACACCUUCACAGAGUGAUGGUGAACGUGGAGCGUCGGUUGUUCAGUUUCAGCUUCGGGGACCCCCGUGCCAGGAUGAACUGGGUCCAUGUAGAGAACCUGGUGCUGGCUCACACGCUGGCAGCUGAGGCGCUCACAGUGAAGAGGAGCUGUGUCGCUAGUGGACAGGCCUAUUUCAUUAAUGACGGAGUUUCAGUCAACCUCUUUGAUUGGUUGACACCUUUGUUUGAAAAUCUGGGCUACAGCAGACCAUCGAUCCAUCUGCCUUUUUCAUUGGUCUAUUCAGCAGCCGUCCUGGUAGAAUAUUUGCAUGUGCUACUGAGACCAGUGAUAAAAGUACCUCUCCUUUUUACCAGAAAUGAGGUGAGGAACAUUGCAGUAAGCCACACUUUCAAGAUCGACAAAGCAAGUCGAGAGCUGGGUUACUGUCCGAAGUCCUACAGCUUGGUGGACUCUGUGGAGCAGUACCUCAAGUCCCGACAGCUUCACUCCCGCUCACCUAUUUUCAGUCUUUCUCAGACCUCCCAGCUGCCCCAGCACCUUGUUGUGCUGCUGCUGAUGGGUCUCAGUCUGAUGCUGCUGAUGUUAUGCUGCAUAGUCUGUCACAGCUGAUCAGAUUUCAUGGAUGGACAGCUGUACUAAAAGCUGCCUCAGGCACUGGAAUUUAGAAACAAACACUUCCCUGUUGUUAGGAAAUUUCAGGUUUUGUUUAGAUGUGGCAAAAUAAUUUUCUUACACAGUGACCUGCAUAUUCUCAGCACGUAUAACAUAUUAUAGAAACUUGCAGACACAAUAAAAUAUGCCCUAAAAAUAAGAUUUCAGAACAUCAGUUUGUGUGAUUUCCUCUGGUGCUAAUUCUUCUUCUUUUUGUCUUCUUUUUUUUUUUGUCUUCUUCUUUUUGAAGCUGGUCUACCUGUGAAUGUUCUGGAUUCCUUUGC